AUGGUGAAGGACUUUGGCAGAACGCUGAAGAUGUUUCCUGGAUCUAGAGAGGUAAAUCUGGCUUGCUUCCUGUUCCCCAAUGGAGUAUUGUUCAUUCCACAGAGGGGCAAUCUCUGGAAGUCCCUAAGGGAUGUUCUUCAGAAGGAUGUACUGACGGGACGAGUAAUUGGAGGCCAGGAGGCCAAACCACGCAGCUGGAAGUGGCAGGUAUCGCUUCAGAUUGCCUACAGUGACUCCCCAGGGUACUACGCUCACAUUUGUGGUGGAACCCUUAUCAGUGGCCAAUGGGUCCUGACUGCAGCCCAUUGCCUCAGCAUGCCACCAGGAACAAACUAUCGAGUGGCUCUGGGUGAGCACAGUCUCUCGGAGGAGGAGGGCACCGAGUACUAUAUUGAUGUGGAUAGAAUCUUCAUUCAUGAUGGCUGGAAUCCCAGUGAGAUUGACAAUGGCUAUGACAUUGCCCUGCUGCACCUCGAAUCUUCUGCCUAUGCCAAUGGGUUUGUUGAGAUGGGAGUGCUUCCACCUCAAGGAGACAUUUUGCCUGAUUACUAUCCCUGCUAUGUGACUGGAUGGGGGUUGGUUAGUGCCGAUGGCGUCAGUGCUGACAGACUGCAGGAGGUGAUGCUGCCAGUGAUUGGCUAUGAGAUCUGCUCCCAGGAGGACUGGUGGGGUUCUCAAGUAAAACCCACUAUGAUCUGUGCAGGUGGAGAUGGCACAAGGGCUGGAUGCAGUGGGGACUCUGGGGGUCCUCUCAGCUGCUACAGAGAUGAUCACUGGGAAGUCCAUGGGAUUGUCAGUUUUGGGCUUGCUCCUUACUGUAACAUCUACAAGAAGCCGACAGUCUUCACACGUGUAUCAGCCUACGUGGACUGGAUCUACAGUGUAAGUCACUUAGUGCCUGCAAGGUAG